AUGUCUUAUAAUAAUAACAAUAGCAAUAAUAGAAAUUAUUACAAUCGAUAUUCGGGCUCAUCAAAAAAAUCUAAUGUAUUUGGAGGGCAGAGUAAUAAUAACAGCUCUGAAAGUAAUGAAUAUGGAAAUGGAAGUAGUUCAUCUGGUAAUGGAUAUAGUAAUAGAAGUUCCGAUUCAAAUAGAGGAAACUACGGAGGGUACCGGCAGAAUAUGAAUAAUUCCAAUUCUUCAAGAUAUGGUAGAUAUGAUAAGUAUAGAGGCGGCAGAAAUAGUUAUCGAGGAUCGAAUUCAUCUUAUUAUCAUACAGGGAGUUCAAGUAGUAAUAGUAACUACAAUCCUAGAAAUGCUAACUCGUACAAUAGGCGGGAUCCUCAGUUUGAUAGGUACGACUCGUAUGGCGAGAGAAGUCAGAAACCACCAGUCAAGUCCACCAAUAUAUCAAAACACCUUCCUGCUAAUGAUGCGUUUAAAAGAAACGAAGAGGAAAAUAGUGGUAAAGAUAGUCUGAUACUUUCCAAUCCAGAAAGUAAGAGGCCAAGUCCAAUAAUCGACUCUGAAAUUACACAUCAUUUAAAAGAGACUAGUGAGCCAAAUAAUAGGAAGUCUGAAUCAUUGUUUGAAGACAAGCCCGAAAUGAGGUUCGAUGAGCUUGAAACAAACCCUUUAAGUGCAGAAUUCGAGAAAACUCAAAAUAAAACGGGCAAGGUAGCAGAUGAAACGACAAAAGAUACCAGUAAUGAUAUAGAAAUGAAAAAGGAUUCUAGUCAUAUAUAUCAAGGGAAGUCAUUUUUGGUAAGAUCUAAUGAGACUCCUGUAGAUGAGAAAAAUAAAGAUAUUUCUCUACCAGAAGACUCUGAAUUAUUACCCGCUGACAGUCAUCAAAAUCUAAUGGAAAAUGAUAAUCACUCUCAGGAGGAUAUUAAGACAGAACCUAAAGAAGAGCCAAAAAAAAUAGAACCUGCUGAUAGAAGUAAUUCAGCUGACGAUCAAAAUCAGAGCGAGAACGAUCAAGAAGCUACUAAAUUAUCAUCUUCAAGCGAUCAGAAAUCAUUAAUGGACGAUAGUGGCAAAAAUGAAUCUAAUGAUAAAGAAAAUAAUGCAAACAAUGUGACAAAAGAAGAGCCUGAAUCACCAACACAAACCCAAAUGGUAGCAAACUCGUCAUAUUUAUCACCCAUUGCUGAUACUGCAUCUUUUGAUGGAUCAUUUUUGAACCAUUUGCCUGGUGUCAAUGAUGAUAAGGAAAUUAAUUCUCAUGAACUAGGAGAUAUACUUACUGAAGUAAAAGAAGAAGCAGAUGAAAAUGAUUCUGAAGCUGAAACAAUUGUUGCUCACUCACCACCAAGAAUAAAUAAAGGUAGAAAAUUAGUAAGAAAAAGAGAUUAUGAUGAAGACAGAGAAACAUUAAUCAGAACUAGAAAGAUUAUCGAUAGUUCUGAUGAUGAAGAUGAUGAUAACGAAUUGAACAGAUAUUCUAACCUUAAAGAAAAUAGUGAAAGUAAUGAUAAUAAGGAAUCUUCAAAAGAUACCGGUGCUAAAAGACCGUACAAAAUCAAGCGUGAUUCCAGUGGAAGAUCAUUACUUCAAAGGGCUUGCAAAAAGGGUAAUAUUGAUGAUGUAAAGAAACUAAUUGACAGAGGUGCAAGUCCUAAUGAGCGUGACUUCUGUGGGUUCACUUGUUUACACGAAGCAGCAUUGGAGGGUCAUAUCGAUAUUGUUAAAUUCUUAAUAGAGAAAGGAGCAGAUGUGAAUAAACAAGCCUUAAAGGCGGGUGAUUUAGAAACCCCAUUAAUUGAUGCAGCUGAGAAUAAACAUUUUGAAACUGUAAAGGCUUUGCUUGAGAACGGGGCUGAUCCAAGAAUUUUCAAUAUAGACGGGUUCACUGCAUUAACAAAAAUUUUCAAUGAACAUGACGAUGAAGAGGGCUACGAGGAUAUCAUAAAAUUGUUGGAAGAGUAUAAUACGAAAUUCUUGGAUACAAAUGACGCCAAAUCAAAACAUCAAAACAAAGAAAUAUUAAGAUCUUCAGUGUCUCCAUCUCCUUCUCGUAUAAUUGAAGAUCCAAAUGACAACUACUUUAGUGAUUUAUUGAAAAAGAAGAGUCAUGCAUCAUCCAUCUAUAAAUAUGCCGCGGAAGGCCUCAAGGAAUUUACUGCAAAUUAUUUUGUUGAAGGAGGCAGACUAGACUACAAGCCAGAUAUUUUAAUUCUAGCUGCUAGAAAUGGCCAUACAGAAUUAGUGGACAUUAUUUUAGGUUUGACUUCAGGAAAUUUUGAUAUUAACCAAGAGAACAACUGUGGUCUUACUGCUUUAUUAGCUUCUGUAGGAAGGGGUCAUUAUGAAGUUGUUAAAUUUUUGUUAUCGAAGGGCGCAAAUCCCAAUAAAAAGCGUAAACCGGAUGGUUUAAAUGCUCUUGAAAUAGCGGAAAGAGCCUCCCACUUUGAUGCAAAUGAAGUAAAACUACUUCAAGAACAUAUGAAUAAAUCUUACGAUGAUGAAGAGAAUGAUGACAGCAGCGAAAAUGACGAAUCUAUUAUGAAUGACUCAUUUGUGUCUCAGAAAGAUUCACCAAAACCUAAGAACAAGCCUUAUGAUGAGACAAUCAAUAAGAAAAGAAAAUUGUCAC